ACAAAAAAAAAAAAAAAAAAGAUAAUUAUUAGGGGAAUUGAUAAUAAAGUUUAGGCAAAAAUUAAAAAUCAAUCAAACAAAAAAAGAAACAAAGAAAGAAAUAAGAAAAGAAGCAAGCAGCUCGUAACACAUAGUAAUACAAAGAAAAUCUGUAAAAAUUAAAAAACAGAAAAAUUAUUAAAAACAAAAAAUAUAGUAAAGAAAGUUAAUAGCUAAACCAAUUAAAGCCUACUUAUAAAUUAUCUAGUAUAAACAAUUAUUGAAAAUCACAAUAAUAAAUAAUAUAUCUAAACAAUAAUUUAAUCUUAUAGAAUCUAUAUAAUCAAACAAAAAGUUAACAUACUAACUAACUAACUAAAAUUCAUACAAAACAAAACAAAAAAUACAAAAUAAAUGAGUCUGUUGUAAAAGCGAAAGCAGGACUAAAUGCAUUCUUAACAAAAUUCUAAUAAUGAAAGACUUUUGUGCUGCCUCUCUGUGAUGAGUGUAGUCAAUAUGACAUUUGGUAAUCCUAUUUAUGAUAACUAUUUUGAAGGAGUCAAAGUGGUAAUAGGACCAAAUAGAACAUAAUCAAUAUUUAACAAAUUAAAGGAAACCUAGUAAAAAAUCACUAGUGCUGAUAAAAAUUCAUAAUCAGAGGAUGAUGAAAAUAAAGGCAUACUUGCAUAGAUGCAUAAAUUGCUGGGUGAUAAAAUUAAUUAAGAAAUAUAAAAACGUGUUAAACUUUUCUAAGACUGCAUAAGCUCAUGUAUGAAGCUUGCAUAAAUCCCUCAAGCCUCUGCUGAACUUCUUAAUAUAUUACGUGGCAAAGAAGACAGCUCAGAUGAAGAUAACUCAUAGGUAUUAUCAGAGUAAGUUAAAUAAGCUAGAGAACUUAUUAAAAUAAUUUAAAACUUUUGGGGUGAAGAGUAAUUUGUUUAACUAAUCCAUUUAUCAUUAAGAAAACUUAAUAUUGCUCGUGAUUUCCUUCAAAAUUCUAAGGUUGAUACAAAAGCUAAGUGUAAGGGAGGAGAAAUGUGUGAAGAAAUAGCUACAUCAAGUACUCUCAGUGAUGAAAACUCUGCUUUGACAGCCAUGAUUGGUUAAUAGUCAAAAGAAAUCUAAGAAAACAGCUCAAAGCUUGCCAAAACAUUUAAAGAACAAUUGCUAGUAAAAGUAAUUCCUUGCUUAAGUAAGUAUUAAGAGUCUAUAAACCACAUAAAAACUUUUGAAAGUAUUUAAAAUUGA